AUGGUAGCACAAGUGUACAAGACCUUCACAGCAGAGCAGGUUACGGACGACAUGUUGGUCAAAGCUGCGGGGCUUUUCAACGAAAACUACGGGGUCUGGGCAAAGCUAUCAAAGAAAGCUGGAAAACCGGUCAAGUUGAGUGAACGACGACUGCGUCAGCAAUAUCUACUCCGUACCACCGACGACGCUGGAAGUUUCACAUUAGGGUGA